GAGUCGCGGUCCCCGCCCCAGUCUCCUGCAGCUGCCGCGGGAACUGUCAGCUGCGCAUUGCGGGGGGGACCGGAGAAGCCUCCUCCUGGGUCCGUGGACGAACCUCGAAGCCCGGCACCGGGGAGCUAGGUGGCGUCCCCGGGCGGCCGAGCGCUCAGCAGGACGUUGAAAGUUAGCUGCAAAGUCACCUCCUUCUGGUGGUUGCCAAGACUUCAGGUCUUUUCCAUUUGCCUACUUCUUGAGUCCUAUCGCUAUCAAGUUAAAAAUGAAUUAAUGCCAAGUUCAGAAGAGGGUAUUUCCUCUGGGUCACCCAAAAUGCUUUCAGAGCGUAUUGGAUAAGAGCUGAGCCACCUGCCUGCUGGGGACUUCCAUACUCUCUGCUCCACUGUCUUCUGAUGGCAGUUUGACUGUAUCCAGGCCACGUGACCUGCUGCUCAUGAUGGGUGAUGAGAAGAACCUUGGAGUGUCCCCCAAAUUGGUCUCCCCUUCCAGGAGCCCAAGUACCUGCUCCUCUAAGCAGGGAAGUCGGCAGGACAGCUGGGAAGUUGUGGAAGGACUGAGGGGAGAGAUGAACUACACCCAGGAGCCACCCGUUCAGAAGGGAUUUUUGCUGAAAAAGCGGAAAUGGCCCCUGAAAGGCUGGCACAAGAGAUUCUUCUAUCUGGACAAAGGAUUCUUGAAAUAUGCCAAGAGCCAAACUGACAUAGAGAGAGAGAAGCUGCAUGGCUGCAUCGACGUUGGGCUCUCGGUGAUGUCCGUGAAGAAGUCGUCAAAAUGCAUAGAUCUGGACACCGAGGAGCACAUCUACCACCUGAAGGUCAAGUCAGACGACGUCUUUGAUGAGUGGGUGUCCAGGCUCCGCCACCACAGGAUGUACCGUCAGAACGAGAUCGCCAUGUUCCCCCACGAAGUCGGUCACUUCUUCCCGGGAAACACCGUCACAGACUCCGGGCCUGGGGUCCUGGACUCCAUUUCCAGUAGGAAGCGCAGCAGCAUAUCAAAGCAGAAUUCCUUUCCAACUGGAAGCAAUUUAGCCUUUUCUUGCGGCGAGACGCGGGUGCCAUUGUGGUUACAGUCGUCAGAGGACAUGGAGCAGUGCUCGAAAGAUCUGGCACACUGCCACUCCUACCUGCUGGAAAUGAGCCAGCUCCUGCAAAGCAUGGACGUCCUGCACCGGACGUAUUCAGCGCCAGCUAUCAACGCCAUCCAGGGUGGAGCUUUUGAAAGUCCCAAAAAGGAGAAAAGAUCACACAGGAGGUGGCGGUCCAGAGCUAUGGGCAAAGAUGCUAAAGGAACACUACAGGUCCCUAAACCUUUUGAUGGCCCACAAAGACUGCAUUCUUCGAAUCCUAAUUUGUCAACACUAGACUUUGGAGAAGAGAAAAAUUAUUCUGACGGCUCUGAAACCUCAUCUGAGUUUUCUAAAAUGCAAGAAGAUCUGUGUCAUAUUGCCCACAAAGUUUACUUCACUUUAAGGUCAGCUUUCAAUACCAUAUCAACGGAGAGAGAGAAGCUGAAGCAGCUGAUGGAGCAGGAAGUCUCGUCCCCCUCUGCCCAGGUCAUUGGUCUGAAGUGCGCCCUGUCAUCCGCCCUAGCACAAAACACAGACCUUAAAGAACGCUUAUGCAGGAUCCAUGCCGAGUCCCUGCUCCUCGAGCCCCCUGCUGCUGCCAAGUCGCCUGACAGCCUGGCAGAGGAAAACUCCACAGACGACAACCGACCCCUGGUCCAUCAGCUUUCCAAUGAGAGUCGGCUCUCCAUCACUGACUCCCUCUCCGAGUUUUUUGAUGCCCAGGAGGUUCUGUUAUCUCCCAGCUCUUCAGAAAAUGAGGUUUCUGAGGAUGAUUCAUAUGCCAGUGACAUAAGUGACAACCUUUCCUUGGACAAUCUCAGUAACGACUUAGAUAAUGAGAGACAGACCUUGGGGCCAGUUCUUGAAAGUGGUGGGGAGGCCAAGUCCAAAAGAAGAACCUGCUUGCCGGCGCCCUGCCCCAACAGCAGUAACAUCAGCUUGUGGAACAUCCUGAGGAACAACAUCGGGAAGGACCUGUCCAAAGUGGCCAUGCCCGUGGAGCUGAACGAGCCGCUGAACACGCUGCAGAGGCUCUGCGAGGAGCUGGAGUACAGCGAGCUUCUGGACAAGGCCGCCCAGAUUCCCAGUGCCCUGGAGAGGAUGGUGUACGUGGCAGCCUUUGCCAUAUCGGCGUACGCAUCGAGCUACUACCGAGCUGGGAGCAAGCCCUUUAACCCGGUCCUCGGAGAAACGUACGAGUGUAUUCGGGAGGACAAGGGCUUCCAGUAUUUUUCAGAACAGGUCAGCCACCAUCCACCUAUCUCCGCCUGUCACGCUGAGUCUGGAAAUUUUGUUUUCUGGCAAGACGUGAGAUGGAAAAACAAAUUCUGGGGAAAAUCCAUGGAAAUUGUUCCCAUUGGCACAACCCAUGUGACUCUGCCAGCUUUCGGGGAUCAUUUUGAGUGGAACAAAGUCACCUCCUGCAUCCACAACAUCUUAAGCGGGCAGAGGUGGAUCGAGCACUACGGAGAGAUUGUCAUCAAGAACCUGAAUGACGAUUCCUGCCACUGCAAAGUGAACUUUAUAAAGGCGAAGUACUGGAGCACCAACUCGCGCGAGAUCGAAGGCACGGUGUUUGACCGGCGUGGGAACCCCGUGCACCGGCUCUUCGGGAAAUGGCACGAGAGCAUCUACUGCGGCGGCGCCGCCUCCUCCGCCUGCGUCUGGAGGGCCAAUCCCAUGCCUAAAGGCUACGAGCAAUAUUAUGGCUUCACGCAGUUUGCACUAGAAUUAAAUGAACUUGACCCGUCGUUGAAGACUUUAUUACCACCUACUGACACCCGAUUUAGGCCAGACCAAAGGUUCCUGGAAGAAGGGAACAUAGAAGCAGCUGAGACGCAAAAGCAGAGGAUUGAGCAGCUGCAGAGGGACAGGCGGCGGGUCCUGGAGGAGAGCAACGUGGAGCACCGGCCGCGCUUCUUCAGGAAAUCUGAUGAUGACUCUUGGGUGAGCAACGGCACCUAUUUGGAACUGAGGAAAGAUCUUGGUUUUUCCAAACUGGACCAUCCUGUCUUGUGGUGAAAAGGGGGAAGAAGGUGAUACGUUCCUGUGCUUCUCCUGUGCUGGCUUUCCCAGGCCACAGAUCUGUGUCCGUAUAUUUAGAAAACAUUAUCUAGAAUGAUCACUGUGCUUAGCUUAGCAUUGUAAGUACUCAAGUAUAUCUUUUCUUCGGUUAGGGUUCUAUACAAUUUCCAAUGUUAUCAUGAUUGUUUAUACGAAUGUAGAACACCUUGAUAUUUCUUUUUUUAUAUAUAAAGUAUUUAAUAAAAAUGAAAGGUUGAAUGUUAAUGUGUGGGUUGCAAAAGAAGCUUUAACACUAAUUUUCCAAAGGUUAGGAAAAUUCAGAUUAAAUGUAAGCCUUAUAAAAUUAUGUUGGGGGAAAAAAACAACCCAUGUCUCCCAGGUGCACUAAGACAUAAGAAGAAUGCCCAGGACUACUCACCCGUGCGGAUGCUACCCAAGUUUGAUUUGGUAGCUCAACCUCUUUUUUGCCUCGGACAGCUCUUGACUUGCUCAUACAGAGCCAUCCUGCUGGUGCUGGAGUCUGAAGAAUAUUUGCAUUUGCAUUUUGAUGGUUGAGAGGAGGGCAUGCAUCUAGUGAAAUGUGUGUUUUUAUAGAAGAUGCAUAUGGCGCCUUCAUGAAGAGGAAGCACUUGAGCUCAUCCCUCCCUCUAGUUCCGUUGCCUUCUGUGCAGAAUUGUACCGUCACUCAGAGAAACCGUUGUUAACCCAAGAAACCCCCAUUAAUUAAAUGUCAGAGUGAAAUCCCAGAGCUACAGUAGGAAAUUUCUCCUCAGUGAGAGCUGAACCCCUGACAUUAAGAAACUAUUUUCUGCUUCCACCACCCCUGGCUUCCCCGCCCUGUGUGACCGCAUCUCUACUGAGUGUGGAAUUUUCCAGCUUAGUGUAAAACGUCCAAUGUGUUCCACACAGCAGUACGACUUUGUAACAGGUUAGCAAAAUGAUUGUUUAAAAAUACUGUUUUGGUACUUUCUACCUCUUAAUAAGCACCGUGUUUUAGAUCUUGUAUAAAAAGUUGGACCACCUGCCUUAUAGACAAAUGUAGAGAACCAAGGUUCUUGGUAUUGUGCUCUGAUUCAGCUUCCAGUGUCUUACGCCUUCCUACACUUCUCCCUCGUGUCCCUCUUCGGUGAGUUUUGCAGCAUUAUAACCUUGAGUAAUGCAGAUUAUAACUACUGAAGGGGAAACUUUGUCUUUGUAAAUGUGUCGUUUCAAAUUACAAAGAAUAGAACUUGUGCAGUCGUUCGACUGUGUUAUCAAAGCAAUUCCAACGUCUGCCCAGAUUACAUGGAAACCAAAGCCUGAUUCUUAGGCCUUUGACCCUAAUGUCCGUAGUAACUCUAUGGAGGGCGAAAUAAAACGGCGUCGUAAAAAAGAUUUCUCCCAAAAGCCUUUUUUAGAUAUUGAAGUAACUUCAGAGUAUGUAGAAUGCUGCGAAUGGAAGCAGGAUCAGCAGCAGAAAAAAGAAAGCGUGACCUCGGGGUCGCGCAGAAGACGCAGUUACGCGGAAUCACACUUUCAAAGUGGAGGACGAUCUGCAGGGGACUAGCAUCUUAAAAACAAUAUACGACCCAUUCAACGUUGCAUCCCUCCGUUCCGUUUCGCCAAGAGGUCAGGAGGAGCACAGCGUGAACAGCAUCUGCGCUUCUGAGCAGUGAACCGACCCAGGCCCGCCCGUUGGCCUGCGCUUUGCUCUCCUUUCCAAGCACGGAUCCAAAUUCCGCUCCCCGGCGGGAAGGAGCAGCUGAAGGUUUCAGGGUACUCGGGGAAAGCAGAUCUAGUUUCGCAGUAUGAAGGUCAAUGUGGAACUUUAGUAAUAUUGGCUAUGAAAGAGGCCUGUUCCAGAGGCUGGUCAAAAAAGAAAACACAAAAACGAAACGUGCAGGCUCCAGGGAUGUAGCUUUGUCUUGCAGUAUUUGGAAAUGCUGUCUCGAUGCUGUUAUUUUGACUGAUAUUAUGGCUUUUGUUUUUUGGAAUCACAAAACAGUUAUCAUCUUUGUAGUCAUCUUAUUUGGGAUGGGGUUGGGGAGGAAUUAAAAUGUGAUGCAGAACUGUAUGCGAAUUUUAAAAUCUAUUAGUCGGUACCAGCAUCUCUCAAGGGCUCUCCUGACAUUUGAGCAGCUUAGGGGCGCAUCCUGAUGUUACCAUCUUAAAACUCCCCGGAGGGGGAAAUGGUUUCUUGUCUUCCCUUCAGUCCCUGUUCUCAAAAGCACUUUCCCACCUAAUUCUUAGCUCGGUGGCAUUUUAUAUUUUUAGGAUGAAGAAAACAGAAGCAUGGCAUUGUUCGGGCAGAACUGAGGUAAAAUAAUCUGGCUUCCUGGACUUUGAGUCUCCUGAUUAAAUAAUGCCAAUCACUGCACCAUUGGAGACACUUGUUAUAACCUGCAUUUUAGUCCUGAUUAUUCCAUCCCAAAUUUACGGUGAAUCACACAGGUAUUCUUGGAAGUGGGACUUUGCGAGUCCACCAGGUCGCACUUCACUUGUUCCUGUGGGCCCGCCAGUGACUCCCAGGAGCUGCAGGAGAUCCGUUCAGAUCCACGGGGAAGGAGCCAACCGUCCCCAGCGUAGCGGGCAGCUGAGCCUAGGUUAGUAUUUGCCUGAAUCAAAGGUAUUAGCAAAGUCUCAGUGCGGUUGCUGUGUGCAGUCCACUCCCGGGAGCCAGGCUGCUUCUGGAACUAAUCAACCAGACCGAGUUCACUUUAGGACAGCGGUCCUGUUAUUAAGUCCCCAGAAUGCCCUCCUGUGGGACUCUCUAGGAGGGAGACAUAUACAAACCAGUUUUUAAAAUGUUUUCUUCAUUUAGGCUGUUGCUUUUCUCAUAGCCUCUUUUUAAUUACUCCCCGUACGUCAUUUGCUUCGGCCUCGAGCCCUGCCCUUCACCUGUAUUUUCCAGAUUUAUCACGAGGGGGGUCUUGUUCUGCUAUUAACAGUGUCAACCGUGAAUGAAAAAUGAUAAACGACAAAGUCUGUACUUGGCUGUUGAACCUUGUCACAGGCCAAGUGCACAUUCUCUGAAUGACAUAUGCCUUCCGGCUCUCAUAGGAUCCCUCAGGCCUUCGAGUCAUGCGCAGGAGCCAUCGGGAGUUGGUUUUAGGACCUUAGGAGUAAUAGUUCUAAUGUAUUAGCCUAAUUUAUUUGAAUAUCUUUAAUUUUGAUGUUAACAUCAGCAGAAGUCUGUUUUUGCUACCAGGUGAUAGCUGGUUUGUGCUCGGUCCUCUGCGUUGUAUUCAUGUUAGUCAGUAUUAGUCUUUGUCGGCACUGAAAAUAUGUAUCACGUGAGUGUCUGCAAAUCGUGACAGUCUGAAAUGCAAGCCACUUUUGGAGACUGGUGUGGGGGGUGCAAUGAACAGAAGUCACUGAUUUAUUGCACUCCUGGUGAUCCACGAUCUUCCUCUGUUAACCUCAGAGGAGUCUAUUUUUUUAAUAGAUAUUUGUAAAUCUUCCAUCGAACCAUUUAUAAGAUUAUGUUCUGUUUAACCCCCACCUUUCCACUCAUCCCCCUUAUGCCUCCCCCGAAAACUUUGACUAAUUUGUUUAUCCCCCUCAUGUAGCUAAUUGACUGAAUAAAUACUGUGGAAAAGGCCA